AUUUCGCGGCCGAGUUUUACGGUUGGGUGACUGUGGGACGGAAUAUUCUGAUUGUGGUUGCAGUCUCGUCUUUCAGGUCUGGAUAAUUUGGAUGCUUGCUGCAUCAUGGAUGAUGGAGAAAGUAAUCAUACAGUUGCGCAAGGUGUGGCUGCUACAAGUUCGUCAACAGAAGAUGCCGAAGAUUGUGACAAAUUAUUUUCUCAUGCUUCUGUUGAUCUCUCCAACAAGCAUUUGGAGAAAUUGCCAAAUUUGCGCCAAAAUUAUCCAAAAGUGGAGAAGAUCAACCUAUCGCAUAAUCAGUUUAAGUUUAUCAAUAAUCUGUCGAAAUUCAGUGCAUGUCGUGAGGUGAAUGUUAGUUUUAAUGUAUUAGAGCGACUUUCGAGCUUUCUGCCUCUUGCUGAUGCUUUGAAGCAUCUCGACAUUUCGCACAAUGCUUUGAGCAACUGUGACAAUUUGGCAGCACUAACACAGCUAGUCUGGCUUGAUGCGGCUUAUAAUCAUAUCCAGGUUCUUCCAUUACUGGAUCGACUUACGCACUUAACUUAUUUGAAUAUCUCAAAUAAUCGACUUAAUGUUUUACCGAAUCUGAGCAAAUUGCCUGUCUUAAGAAUUCUCAAUUUAAAUGAUAAUGAAAUUAGUACACUGGACGAACUUCAUCGAACAAUGCCACAAUAUCUCCAAGAUCUUGAUAUCGGUGCUAAUGUGAUCACUGAUUUACGAGAGGCUCAACACUUAUCAUGCUUAAAGAACAUAAGAUCUAUAGUAUUUGCGGGAAAUCCUUGUGUUCGUUUGGAAGGUCGCAUUUUUUGCUACCGUCCAUACCUUUAUUCUUGUUGUCUCGAGCAACUUCAAGCUGUUGACGGAAAGGAACUUAGUGAGACUGAAAUCAUUAAAGGUGAAGAAUUACACACCCAUGCAAAAAUACGACGUAUGGCAACACAUGCUCAACUGUGUGCUUAUCUUGAAAAAGAGUGUCCAGAAGAUUGUAAUCAUACAUUUUCACCAAAUGACAAUCGUUUGAUGAAGAUUUUGAAAAAAAGACGUGAACACGCGUUACGACUUAAGGAUGGUCCGACGAGUGAGGAAUCAACAGCAACAGCCAUUUCGCCAUACAGGGAAUGGCUUUCUAAAUCAAUCUGUUCUGUACCGAAUCGUUUCGAAUAUAACAGUUACACUACGGAUCAGAAAGAAAAUUGUGCACCUUUAAUUGAUCUUAAUGUUUUAUCAUCUCUGUCAACAAGAAUCAGUACACCUCCAACUUCUGCCAAUUCUAAUAUUUCUUCUUCAACGAUUACUUUAUCAGCUCCAUCAGUUUCAUCGUCCACUCCAGUGAGGUCUCGUAUCCAGAGAAGACUGCAAGGUAAGUCAAUUCAAGUUCGCAAAAUCUCAGCUACAACAAGCAAUGUACCGAAAAAAGGCAGCACUAUUGAUCACUCUGAUUGGAGUGGAAGACAUCAAAAGUCGUUAAUGAGGAAUAUUAUCAAAUUUCCACCUAGUGGGCCAAAGGCUUCUUUUGUUACUCAAUCAGCUACAGAGAAUCCGAGUUGUCGCUUUAGAUCCACAGAAAAUUCUGACGAGACUUCGUUUGUGAGUGCCCGCAAAGCUCGAAGUUAUAGCGAAAAGGAAAAGAAAGCUGCUUUACUUAUUCAAUCGUGGUGGCGAGGUAUGAAGAUUCGACGAUUAUACCGAGUACCUUUCCUCCAAAGGCGUAUUCAGCGUUUUGAAACACUGCUCAAAGAAAAGUCGAUCAUGAUAUUGAAAUUGAAAAAGCAAAUUUCUAAUUUAGAAUGUAAUAUUGAAACAAUUAUAGCUGUAAACGAGCAACAAGCUUCGAAGAUUGCAGAGAUGGGACAGUGCUUGACGAAAAUCGCUGAAGCAUGUGAUGAGCGUCAGAAGCAAUUCAUGAAUCAGUUGUUGCCAGUUCCCGAUGAAUUACAUUAUACACGGAAAUCGGAAACUGAAAUAUUACUGCAUUGGCAGGACCGUCAACGUCUGCAAAAACCGACAAGGUAUUUGAUAACUGUGAAUGGUAAUCCAUGCGGAACAGUCCGAGGUGCCCAUAAAAAAGCUCUUAUUACAGAUUUGGAUCCAGCAAAGGAAUCUGUUGUAAGAAUGCAGUGUAUCUUCAAUGAGUUUAAUGGAGAUAUCUCCGAAUGUUUAGUGAUUCCUUCAUCUAAGCAGGAAGCAAGUUGUGUCAAUGAGGGUGGAACAGAACUUAUAUAAAGCUAGAUUGGAUUUAAUUCGAAUUAACUUUAGCUGCUUAAGUUAAGUUUGAUCUCAACUCUAUACCAGAUCCAUUUGUCGAACUUUUUUUUUGUUUUUGAUUAGAAUAAUUAGCACAAUCCCAGCAUUAGUUAUUUCUCAUGAUUUGCUUCGAACUUUGCAUAAUUCACUUCAGUUCUUCUUUAUCUUCCUCGCUUGGAUAUACUGUACAUUUUCUUUGCGCCGACGUACUUUCUUAUAAUCACUUAUCAUCUUUAUAAAUAAGUGUAAGAUAUCCAACCAUAUUUGUACUUCAUGAGAAAUGAACCCGCAUAUUUGAGUAGUUAUUUUGGAUUUUUUUUGGAGGCUUGAUCUGCUGGCUUAUAAAAGUUUUACCUUGUCUUGAAAGCAAGCAUUUUCUUUGUGUUUCUUGUUGUGCUGUUAAUUUCAGUAAAUCGUUACGCUGCUAAUUUUGAUGAAUCGUUAGACUCUUUGAAAAUUUCACUGCCUCAGUUUUUUAUGGCAUAUGCUAUUCGUUAUUUUCUUGGAAUCGUUUCGUAAACAUUAUCAUUAUAGUCCUAUAUUUGUUGACCAAUCUGGAUUUAUUUAAUGCAUUACCGUUGGUUGAGCACAUCUCAUCCUGUACGGGAUUUCUGUACGGGAUUUUGUGGUCCAUCAAACUUCAAGUUUUGCCUUUAUGAAAUAUUGUUGCUUUCAUGUGUUGACAGUUCAAUAACAAAAUAAAUUUCUAUGUUUGUGUAUUACUGGUAUAUAUAUAUAUAUAUACAUACUUUUCUUGAAUAAAUUUCUAACUGAGGGAUUACAGCAACAGACUUGAAGUGUUAACGGCUGUUAACGACUAAACAUUACCGAGUGCCACCGGAAGACUUGAUAUGUCGCUCA